GCUACUUCGAUUUCAUCUGCAUCCGGUUUGAAUAACAGCUGUCAGAUGAAAACACAGUAGCACUGAGGCGAGAGAGCUUGUGUGAACUAUUAUUGGCCCCAAGAUGGCUGUGGCCAUGAGCUCUACAUGUCCCGGCCUGUACUGUGGCAGGAUAAUGGUCAACAGAACAGUGGAGGGAGAGUGUGGUGUGUGUCCUCGUGGAGAGCGGGUCAACCAGCAGUAUGUGUGUGAGCGCUGCCUUGAGUCCCCUGAGCUCUACGACUGGCUCUAUCUGGGCUUCAUGGCCAUGUUACCUCUGGUGCUGCACUGGUUCUUCAUCGAGUGGUACUCUGGGAAAAAAAGCUCCAGCGCUCUGCUGCAGCACAUCACAGCCAUGCUGGAGUGCAGCGUGUCGGCCGUGGUCACCCUGCUGGUCACAGAGCCCGUGGGGAAGCUCAGUAUCCACUCGUGUCGAGUCCAAAUGCUGUCAGACUGGUACACCAUGCUCUACAACCCCAGCCCGGACUACGUCAACACCUUACACUGCACCCAGGAGGCCGUCUACCCUCUCUACACCAUUGUGUUGAUCUACUACGCGUUCUGCCUGGUGCUGAUGAUGCUGCUGCGCCCUCUGCUGGUGAAGAAGAUCGCGUGCGGUCUGGGCAAAUCAGAUCGCUUCAAGAGCAUCUACGCCGCUCUGUACUUCUUCCCCAUCCUGACGGUGCUGCAGGCUGUGGGAGGAGGGCUGCUCUACUACGCGUUCCCCUACAUCAUCCUGGUCCUGUCUCUGGUCACACUGGCUGUUUACAUGUCGGCCUCUGAAAUCCAGUCUUUUAAGAACCUGGUUGCUAAGAAGAAGCGUCUGGUGGUCCUGUUCAGCCACUGGCUGCUCCACGCGUACGGCAUCAUCUCCAUCUCCCGACUGGACAAGCUGGAGCAGGACCUGCCGCUGUUGGCCCUGGUGCCGGGCCCCGCCCUGUUCUACAUCGCCACGGCCAAGUUCACGGAGCCCAGCCGCAUCCUGUCUGAGGGCGGCAACGGACACUGACAGACAGAGACAGAGACGGUUUCACACAUUAGCUGCGGUCCAAACUUUGGACUGACAGCAGUGUGUCCCUCAGUAUUCUGAGCUAACGUGAUCAAACUGGCUCAACCAGUCAAUGACCAUAAAGUAAUGACAUCACGUGGCUGGGAUUGUUAUUUAAAACUAUGUCAUGAUCAAGAAUGACUCCAAAAGGUGUGCGUUAAGUAAAAGUUUGCGAAUAAGGAAUAAGCUCUCUAGGUUUCCUAUCGUUAAUGUUCUCUGAGCAGGACAGCUGGUCUCUGAUCUGUUUCCACAUCGGUUCACUCAGCUGUGCAAACUUAUUUCAGUAGUUAAACAUGCAAAUGUUCCCAGGGUAACAUGACUCCUCACAGCCCACACUGACAACUGCUCACUGAGUGCUCAUGUUACAGCAUUUCAUGUUAGCAUGCUCGCAGCUUAUGAUUCUGUUCAUUCAGAGUGAAUUCACCUUUUAACUUUAAAAAAAAAUCUAUUUUCAUAGAAUCCAUAACACUAAUGACAAAAGCCAAUGAUGAGUUACCACAGGAGCAGGAAUGAGGCCUAAACCCAGGAAAUGAGUUCGUAUUUCAGCACUCCUGUUUGCCUCGUCAUGAAGUCAGUUGAAUAGGUUUUCGGUUAGAGGCACAAAAAAAGGUCUGUGGUUAAACACAAGCUGAAGAGACUUUCAUGUUUUGCUCUACUACUUAAAAUAUGUCAGUACAUACCCCACUGUCCUCUCUGAAGCUUUAUGUGUCUUUAAAAAGGUGGACACUAAUGAUUGGCUAAGGCCACGUUAAGACGAGAACGGCCAUACUAAAAACGGAAAGUCUGUCUGAAAGUCUUUGUGUUUAAAUAAAGAAAUCCACAUUCAUAUGAUAAAACUGUGGAAAUGAUCGUCGUGAACACAGAUCCACAAAAAUAUCAGCAGACGCUGUAAUAUGCAUGCCAGGCUAGCAGUUGUAACUUUGUGAUAACACUGUAGAAAAAUGACACGCGCCUGUGUGAAGUGCGGCCGUGACACCCCUGUUCUCACAGGAUCUGCGCAUUGCCAGUUCACAAAGCAACAGAAUGGGUGGCAGUUUCUAAAGAUUACAAUCUGGAACCCAGUUUCAAAAGUUUGCACUUUCAGGCCGCCAAAAUGCUGUUGUCAUGAGAAUGAAACAAAAAAAGUUUAACGCUUCAUGCAAGACCUGUUGCACACCAAACACGCUUCACAGUCUUGUCGUGGUGGCGAUGUUAAGUCAGUGACUGUGGUGUAGUUUUAGAGCUAAACUUAACUUAACUUUUCACAUGUGGUGAUUUAGGCCUCAAAAAUGCUCAAAGUGUUGGUCAUUUGUGCAAUUAUCUCGCUGAACAAAACUUGAAAGUAUCAUAAACUUUUGUUUCCCACAGAGCUUAUUUUCUAUUGUGAUUCAAAAUCCAAUGGAAGACUCAAAUUGGCUACUUGUCGGGGUUACCAUGGUGAUGCUAACUUCCACGUUGGCCUACAGAAUAACCUCAUCCCUGCAGCGUACUAAGGAUUUGAUCUGGAGUGAUCCAGAACAGAGCAAAUCUCCCGACGUUUGACAGUGUUUAGUAUUUUAACUCGUUCCUGAAAUCACUUUUUACGUUUUAUGUGCCACUCUUGUAUUUAUUUCACGUUAAUUCAGUGUGAUGAUUUUUUUCUUUUUUUUUUGGCAUUUUCGCCCAUCUUGUAAAUCUUGUAAAUACAGUAAAUGUUGUGAAUGAAAGUUGAUGAUGUGGUGGAGAGAUUAACAGGAUGUCUGAAUAACGAGUGCAUCACAUCACAUACAGACAGCUGACUGUUAGCUCCGGUUUGUGCCGCUCAUAUAUUACUGUUACAGUCACUGAGAGGAGCAUCCUGCUUCCUCAAAGAAAGCCCUGGUACUUUCAGUCUUACAAGAUUCUUCUAACAAUGAAAAAAUAGUCUGAUUUUUAAGAUAGAUUUUUAACCCAGUGAACACGGUGCAGCCGUUUCUUAAUCAGGGUUGUAGCUUGGACAAACAUUAGAUUGCUUGACUUGUUCAAAACAAUUUUUGAUGUAAUUUGCUUGUCUGUAUUAAUGUCACCUUGUGUUAGUUGUUUGUUUUAUUUUUAUUAUUUUUUGACCUUCAUUUCGAUCUCAACUACACACGUGUAACGUUUCAUGGCUGCAUCUUGCACCGUCACAACGUUUUCACAUUGACAAACAUUUGCCCACAGACUGACACAUAAACAGCUGGCCAAAUACAUAAAAAACAUCUGUGGUAGUUCUCGCCACAGUUGGUGUCACAAGGACCACAUGUUGCCAUGGUGAGACAUACAGACUCACAAGGUGAAAACAUCACCAGCUGUUGUGACGUUUUCACUAUUUUUUGGUGCGGUGUACAGAAUAUUUUUGUUGUUUGGUUGAUUUUGGAAGUCUCUCCAGAGCUGCAGUAGCUGUUACAACUCUGUUGAUUUUUCCAGGGUUGCCAAAGAUGGAUGUUUUCCUAUUAACACACAUGAUUAUUUAUAAAAGGCACAAACUCAGAGAACACAUGUAAAUGGUGUCACUGUUGUGUGUUUUACAUCAUUCUAUCACUGAUUACUACAUCAAGAAGCUGUCUGAUAUUUUAGUGCUCAUGUGAUGUAGGUUUUGUCCUCUCUGGAUCCUGAGGCUGUGAUCCCUCACAGAGCUGCAGUUUGUUGACUUUAAGCUGCUAAUGUUCUGUAUGUGUAUAUUAUUGUAAAUAUGUGUAAGCUUGUAAAUAUCAGUGUUUUUACACAAACUGUAAUUACAAACGCAUGCUUUACGUUGAACGUAGCAGCCUGUAUAAUUCUGUGUGCUCUGAUAACCUGUAUGCAUGAGCUCAAAGUAUUUAUGACUCACCCGUACACAUCUUAAAUAAACACCUGCUGUCAGUCACACAAACAGUCUGUACCCGCAGGGGUA